GCCCAGAACAAUAUUAAUACAAGCUAUUAUUCUCCCUUUUAGGAUUCGAUUCAGGAUAGGCCGAGUAAGCCCGCGUAUUCAAGAAUCCAAUUAGGCCGCCACCGAGAUUCGAAAAUCUCCAGAACAGCAAUCGUCGAUCCAUUCCGUCCCAUUCUCUCCCCGCAAUACAUCUUUUGCAGUAUAUCACUGCCAGCAUGCGGUUGUAUGUGGAUAUUGUUCGUAGUCGUCCCACUGAGCUGUCCUGCGCGAAGUCACAAUCAAUCAAGAACGAUUAUGGACAGCCAAAUAUCAGUUCGUUCCCGAACGGAUUCCUUAGAGAGUCCCGUGUCUGCUGGCAAGUACUCCAAAGCGAACCACCUGAGAUGGACAGUAUCUCGUGGGGAAGAUGGUGGCAGGUGAAUCGUGAACCAGGUGCAAAGGAACUCGCAUUUUGGACCGCGAGGCGAUUGCGUAUGCCUGGAGCAGCUCACGAAGAGAAGCAAUCUCGACUCCAUGGGCAGCCACAAUAGAUCGAGGUUGUCAAGUCGAACAAAACUUAUCUCAACUUAAAUUCACCACACCCGAGAUUAUCAACCGUUUACGUCAAAAGUCAGGUUGUCAAUGG